GGUGGGCUUCCUCUGCCUGUAGACCCCCGGAGCCAGGCUGCAGAGGAGCUCUGCCUCCAAGUCCCAGCCCCUCUCAGAGGAGGCGGGCGGCCCUCUGCAGCCAGAGGCUUCUCAGCUCGGAGCUCCAGAGCCAGAUGUAACAUUGACCUUAAAUGGUAAAAGCUCCCCAGAGUGAAGAGAGGCUGGCCAGAGGAGGAAAGGGGAAUAACUCAGUUUUAGAUGUGAAGCCCAUGGCCAGGCCAGGACUGUGUCUCCUUGACUUGCAAGAGGCCAGCUGGGGGAUUCUGAGCCACCAAGUAUGAACUGCAGAACAUCUGGGCCAUGGUUGGGUCCUGAUGCCAUGGCUGAGAGAACUCAGCUGCCUACUCUGAGCAUGGGAAGGAUCGUAUGGAGUGCCUGCUGUAUGCCAGCACCUUGCAUGCACUUCCUGAUUUAAUCCUCGCGACAACCCUAAGAGCCUGCGGAGCCCAGGCCUCUUGGAGCAUCUUUGGGGCUGACGCAGCAGAGGUUCCGGGCACACGGGGCCACUCCAGCCAGGAGGUUGCCAUGCCCCACAUUCCCGAGGACGAGGAGCCCCCCGGAGAGCCACAGGCAGCCCAGAACCCUGCCAGUCAAGACCCUCCCUCUGCAGAAAUAUUUCACAGUCCACCUACAAUUGUCCUGACUGGGGAUGCCAGUUCACCUGAAGGAGACGCUGACAAAAACCUGGCCAACAGAGCUCACAGUCCCCACAGGAGGCUGUCUCACCGGCACCUGAAGGUGUCCACGGCUUCACUGACUUCUGUAGACCCUGCGGGGCAUGUCAUUGACCUGGUAAAUGACCAGCUGCCAGACAUCAACAUCUCAGAAGAGGACAAGAAAAAAAAUCUGGCCCUGUUGGAAGAAGCCAAGUCAGUGAGUGAGCGAUUCUUAACCCGCCGUGGGAGGAAGUCCAGGAGCAGCCCUGGAGACUCCCCAUCAGCCGUUUCCCCGCGCCACAGCCCAGGAGCUUCUCCCACACACUCUAGGAGCAGCUCACUUACAGUCCCCACCCCACCAGGUUUGGAUGUGUGUGGUGGCUCACAGUCCCCUCUGCCAGGAGCACCACCACAGCAGAAGGAAGAUGAAGUCGCUGUCUCUGAACCUCACCUUGUCGAGCCUAAUGUUCCCAAAGGGCUAGCUGACCGGAAGCAGAAUGACCAGAGGAAAGUGUCUCAGGGCAGGCUGGCCCCUCGCUCUCCCACAGUCGAGAAGUCCAAAGAGCUUACAAUAGAACAAAAGGAAAACUUUGAUCCCCUUCAGCACCCUGACGCUACACCCAAGGGCCCAACUUCUGGCACAAGCAACAGUGGGAAAAUGGCCCUGAACAGCCCCCAGCCUAGCCCUGCGGAGAGCGAGCUGGGGAGGCAGCUCCUGAAGACAGCCAGGGAGGGCAACCCUCUGCCCAGAAGUCCAGCCCAGGGCUCAGGAGGGGUGGCUUCACCAGCUCCCCAGGGAAAAGGUUCAGCUGGAGAGCCCCAGGGAUCCAAGUUUGGCUCCAAAGCUGAGCUGCGUCCCCCUGUGUCCCGGCCACCCCUGAUACGGGGGCUGUCCUGGGACAGUGGCCCCGAAGAGCCAGGGCCCCGACUGCAGAAAGUGCUUGCCAAGCUGCCUCUGGCAGAGGAAGAGAAGCGGUUUCCAGGCAAAGCCAGUGGCAAGCUGGCCAAGACUCCUGGGCUUAAAGACUUCCAGAUACAAGUACAGCCCGUGCGGAUGCAGAAACUGACCAAACUCCGUGAGGAACACAUCCUGAUGAGAAAUCAGAACCUGGUGGGGCUCAAGCUUCCUGAGCUGAGUGAAGCGGCUGAGCAGGAGAAAGGGCUCCCUUCUGAACUCUCCUCAACUAUUGAGGAAGAAGAGUCCAAGAGUGAUUUGGAUGUCAUGCCCAAUAUUUCUGAUGUGCUGCUGCGCAAAUUGCGAGUCCACAAGUCCCUCCCUGGAAGCACCCCUCCACUCACUGAAAAGGAAGUUGAGAACGUGUUUGUACAACUGUCCUUGGCCUUUAGAAAUGACAGCUACACCCUGGAAUCUAGAAUUAACCAGGCUGAAAGGGAACGAAACCUGACAGAGGAGAACACCGAAAAGGAACUGGAAAACUUUAAAGCUUCCAUUACGUCCUCAGCACCACUCUGGCACCACUGUGAGCAUCGUGAGACCUACCAGAAGCUGCUGGAGGACAUCGCGGUCCUGCACCGCCUGGCUGCCCGUCUCUCCAGCAGAGCUGAGGUGGUGGGGGCCGUCCGUCAGGAAAAGCGCAUGUCAAAAGCAACAGAAGUGAUGAUGCAGUAUGUGGAGAAUCUGAAGAGGACCUACGAGAAGGACCAUGCAGAACUCAUGGAGUUUAAAAAACUUGCAAAUCAGAAUUCAAGCCGCAGCUGUGGCCCCUCUGAAGACGGGGUCCCUCGCACAGCGCGGUCCAUGUCCCUCACAAUGGGAAAGAACAUGCCCCGCCGGAGGGUGAGUGUUGCUGUGGUUCCAAAGUUUAAUGCCCUGAAUCUGCCUGGCCAAUCUACCAGCUCAUCACCCAUCCCUUCCUUACCCGUCCUGUCGGAAUCACCCAAUGGGAAAGGCAACCUACCUGUCACCCCAGCACUGCCUGCACUUUUGGAAAAUGGAAAGACAAAUGGGGAGCCAGAUUGUGAAGCCUCUGCUCCUGUGCCACCCCCGGGCUGCCUGGAGGAGAUCAGCCAAGAGACCAAGGCCAGGGUGGAGGAAGAAGCCUACAACAAGGGAUACCAGGAAGGUCUAAAGAAGACCAAAGAACUUCAAGAGCUGAAGGAAGAGGAGGAAGAACAGAAGAGCGAGAGUCCUGAGGAACCUGAGGAGAUAGAAGAAACUGAAGAAGAGGAAAAGGACCAGAGAAGCAGCAAACUUGAAGAAUUGGUCCACUUCUUACAAGUCUUGUAUCCCAAACUGUGUCAGCACUGGCAAGUGAUCUGGAUGAUGGCUGCAGUGAUGCUGGUCUUGACUGUUGUGCUGGGACUCUACAAUUCCUAUAAUUCUUGUGUGGAGCAGGCCGAUGGGCCCCUUGGAAGAUCCACUUGCUCAGCAGCCCAGAGGGACUCCUGGUGGAGCUCAGGACUCCAGCAUGAGCAGCCUACAGAGCAGUAGGAAACCUGAUUCCUAGCCAAUGCCCUGCUCCAGGACAUCAGCCCACCACCUCAUCCCCAAGUCUAGUGCAUCAGGUUCUGGUGUGGAUGUACUGCCACCCCUCCCAUUUGGGGAUGAGGAGGACUUCUUUUCACACUUGGCACCACUGUGGGAAUUAUUCAGACACAGUACCUUGCUGUUCUUGGAGGAUCAACAAACCUGCUUGGAAAAGCAUAUGGUGGAUAAAAAAGUGACUGUCACCAAGGAAGUCUGGCAAAGGGAAGGUGUCCUGACCCUAGCUCACCUUCACUGGGGGACAGUAAGAAGCUCACUCUCCCCUUUUCCUUUCAGCAGUUGGGUACCAGGAAGAAAUAUACUUAACAGCUAGCAUUGGCCCUAAGAGUCAGACCUGGAAUAUGGAGUCACAUGUGAAUAUCUUUCCAAUUCCCAUCUCAUUUUCCAUGACUAUCCUUUGGCCUCCCUUUCUCCCCUUCAGAAUCAGUUUCUUUUCACAGAGUAGGAUUCUCAGAAAAAUGUACAGGCCAAAUUUAGCUCAGUGCUUAUAAUGAAAUGGGAAGAUAAAAAUUUAGGUCUGUGCAUCCGUACACAAACACAACACACACAACACGCAUGUGCACAAAGCCAACAACCCUCCAAAAGUGUGCUCUGAAGAAAUAAGAUGCGUGUCAAGCCAACCCAUAGAUUUUCACUAAGUGUGGGGCAGUCACAGCACCCGUAUAGUGAACUAUCCACAUGGACUGAAGAUGUUUGAAAAACACUGAAAACUUGUGGCUUCAAUGGCAGACUUGCUGGUCUCCAUAUCAGAUGCCAAUUCUAAGCUGCUGCACAGCACAGUCUGUUUCCUAUUAGUUCUCUCCCUUUGAAGGAUUUAAACCACCUCUCAGGUGAGCAAGGAGAAAUGGUGUGCUUUCAGCUUCAGGCUCUCACUCUGAGUGUGUCCACACGCAAGGGGGAAAUUGCACGUUAGGGUUUCAGUUCAAAUGGAAUUUCCAACCCUAGCAUAUGCUCCAGAGCAUUCCCAAUUGUUCAGUACAGAGCUGAAGGAGCAAAUCUCCAAUUUGACAUCUCUCCCCACCUUUUCAGCCUCUGCCUUCAUCAGCCUUCAUCAGUUUGGUGGUGGGGGGUGGUGGGGUUUGGCUUCUGUAUGGGUGGUUGCUUUGGGUUUUGUUUGCUAUCAUUUACUUUUAUGGCCAAAACUCAUAUAGAACUUACUCUGAGCCAAGAACUAUUCUCAGUAUUAUAUGAGUAUUAAUUCAUUUAGUCCUCAAGGGAAAAAAAAAAACCCUGAGGUGGAGAUCAUUCUUUCUGUUUUCAGAUAAAGAAGCUAAAGCACAAAAAAGAUAAAGACAAGUAACUUGUUAA